AUGUCGGAAAUAGCAACGUCAUCACAUCAAGAAAAGAAGCAUAUAUUCUUUGCCUAUGCAGAAAAAGAUGAAUUCGAUGUAAGAAUGGCUGAAAAACUGAAGAAUCAUUUCAUCGAGCGACGAUUGAGAGUUUAUCUUCCUAGAGAAAAUGAAGACAUCAAUACUAAAAUUGCAAAUGGUAUUGAAAAUGCUGCUGUGAUUCUAGUUUUUCCAUCUCGCUCAUUACAAAUGUCCAAAAGUGGGUCAAAACUAUUGAAUUACGCUGAUCAAACUAAAACACCGAUUCUAAAUAUUAAGAUUUGUGAAGGUUUUCAACCAAGAGACUGGUUAGGUACUAUUUUAGCUCCAACCAAUAGUUGCUCAACUGAUUUUAAUGAAGUUAUGAAAUCUUUGAUUUCUAUGGGAAUUAAAACUAAUAAUCUUAUUCUUGAAAGAAAUGAAAAGAAUGAACCACAACCCAAAGAAAAGUAUCUAUUUUAUGGUGGAACUAGAUCGGGGGAUGUGAUCGCUGUUUAUCAUUAUUUUGGUCAACAGUUUCCGAUGGAAUUUGAGUUUUUGGGUUUGCAACAAGGUAAAGUAUUUGGUCAAGGAGAUGAUGAAGUUGGAGCUUUUACUCUUGCUGGUCAAUACAAGCUUGAAGAUGGUUAUGGUGAUAUCAAUAUGCAUAAGCAAUAUAUUGGAAAACAUUCCGUUAUAUAUCGAGGAGAGAUUUAUUUACGGAGAAUAACAUGUGUAAUAGAAGGACACUGGCAAAUAAACAAUAUAUAUAAUAGAUUUUUCAUCCGUCUGACUCUUCCAGAGGUAUAUGAAAGAGAAAUGGAAAAAAUACUAUCAUCAAAAGCUUCACGAAGACAAGGAAGUAAAGUUAUGAUUUCCUAUUGUCCAUGUCAAUAUGAUUUAGCUCAAAAGAUAGCUGAAGAAUUGGUUGCUAAAGGUAUUCCAGCUGUUUGCCCGCCAUUACGAAUGCAUGAAAUGAUAAAAAUAGCAGCUGAACAAGCAAGAGUUGUUAUACCAUUAAUGAGUGAAGCAUAUGAAGCAUCUAAUAUUUCAAAGUAUGUUCUUUCUUAUGUGGAUGAAGCUGGUAUUCCUAUAGUUCCCAUAAAAGCGCAACAUCCUUAUUCUCAAAGUGGUUGGCUUGGUGUCAUUUGCGCUGGUGCAUUAUGGACGAGGAUAACGAAUGUAAAUGACAUUGAGAAAACACUUGAUAAUCUUAUAGGACAAUUGCAUCCAUAUAUCAGCGAUGCUUUAGAUGACGAGCAACAUCUUGCUGCUCUUGUUGAUGGAACUCUUGUUCAAGGUUAUUAUAUGCACUGGGGAAAGAAGUUUGAUAUGAAGUUUGACAUGUUUGCUAUGACAAAUGGAUAUAUUGUUGGUCAAGGAGAUGAUGAAGUCGGUGGUUUUGUAAUCAAUGGAAAAUAUACUUGUUUAUCAAAUAAAGAAGAUUUUAAAUUCCAGUUUAAAAAGCAUUAUAUCGGACAACACGAUGUUCAAUACUCUGGAACUACAACUCAUAAUGAAUCUCAAUUCUUCUUUGAUGGAAAAUGGUAUCUAAAUCAUUUAUCUGACAACUUCCAUUUAGAAGUUUCUCGUAAUCAAUCAUCAGGACCUAAAGGUUUGCAUAUCAUGUUAAGUUAUCAAUGGAAUAAUCAAGAGCUUGUUAAACGAGUAGCAGAUAUGCUCAAACAAAGGAAUAUUCCUAUUUGGUUUGAUAUUGCUGGAGAUAUGAAAGGAAAUAUCAAUUCUGCUAUGGCUUAUGGUGUUGAAGGUGCUG